AUGGUGGGUAUCGGUGAGAAGCAACAUGCUGCAGUUAGUAGAUUUUUUCGUCGUAAAGAAUUUGGAAAAAAUGUGCCUAAUUCAUGGGAAUUUCCAUUUCUUGAUCUUCCCAGUAGAAAAAUCUAUCAAAAGGAUGUGAAAGGUCAUUACGGUUGUGUAAAUGCUAUCGAAGCAUCAACGGAUGAAAAUUUCUUAGCUAGUGGUGGCGAUGAUCGACGUGUGUUAAUGUGGAAACUUAGUGAUGUGCAAGUAAUGGAAAAUCCAAAGCCUAUAACUGUUAUGAGACAAAUGCAUUACUCUAACAUAUUUUCUGUUGGAUUUUCCAACAAAUGCGAAAGACUUUAUUCUGCUGGAAAUGACUCGUUUUUGUUUGUUCAUGAUAUUUCUACUACUAGUGUGUUGCACCGUUUUAAAGCUGACGAACCUAUUUAUAAUGUGGCCAUAAAUCCCAAAGAUGAUGCAGUAAUAAUGUCUGCCUCAGAAGAUGGAAAAGUUCGUUUGUAUGAUUUGCGAGGGAGUGAAGAAACGCUUGCUGUUGAAAGUUCAGGAACGAUGUACUGUGCUCAGUUCAAUCCUCGGCAGGUGCACAUUAUAUCGGUCUGUAAUGGGCGUGAUGGCUUAUCGUUGCAUGACAUCCGUAAACUUGACAGCCCUUGUUUCCAGUUUGAUCAGUUGACUACUGCACACGUUAAUUUAAAUAUUAGUUCUGUUAUGUAUGGUCAGUGGAGUGACGAUGGGGAAGCUAUUUUUGCCACGCGCAGCCGUACCUCACCCAUAUUGUAUGACUUAAAUGGUGGUGGCAGUGUGGAAUUCAACGACCCUAAUUAUCUUAAUUCUUGUACAGUUAAAUCAUGUUCAUUUAUAAGUCGUGAUCUUGUAAUGACUGGUUCCGAUGACUGGAAUAUAUAUAUAUGGAAAGUGCCUGAGGACCGAGAAGCUAUUGGACAAAACGUGGAUAAAGCUUAUCGGGUUUUAGAAGGUCAUCGGUCGAUUGUCAACCAUGCACGCUACAGUUCUCUGAACAGGCUUCUGUUCUCAUCAGGAGUUGAAAAGAUUAUCAAAUUAUGGAGCGCAUGGGAUGGGAAUGGCUUCUAUUUGGAACCGAAAAGACGAAACAUAAUACCAAGCGCGGAUUAUUCUGAUCCAGGAAAUGGUGAUAGUGUAGAUGAAGAUCUUAAUAUGCUUUCAUUUUUCGAUCUUCUCACUACUAGCGGCAUUGAUGAAGAAGGCCCAGAGGAUGAUGGCUUUCAUGACUUAUCAGAAAAUGAUGCUAACAAUGAUCGAAUGAUGUUGGCAGCGAGAUUAAUGCAAAAUGCUCAAGAUCAUGGUGAUGAGGGUGGAAGUGAUCAAGAAGAUAAUAAUGUAAAUGAUGAUGCAGGAUUACAGCACAUAGAAGAUAGAUUAUUUCUAGCACGCUUUAGGAGAAGAGCUGAGGAAAUGGUGUAUGUAGUAUCAUCUCCAGAAAUGUCUGAACCGGAAUUAUUACCGGAAGGUGAAAGUGACAGUUCCCAGCCAUUUACUAAUGGUAAGUGUAAAUUAGCAUUUGUUUGUGCCUAA